AUGCAGAGGAACAACAAGUGCAAAGGUCCUGAGAUCAGAAUGGGCUUGAUGUGUUUGAGGAGCAGGCAGAAGGAUCUGUGUGGGUGGACUUUAGAGGGUAGGGAUGGCUGUUCUGAGGACCACAGAGACCUUGGGCAGGAGGGAGAAUUUGAUCCCAAGUGGCAUCGUUUGCCUUGCAUGCGCCUCAGGUCUGAGCCUUGGGCUUCCUUGGCGGGGCAGUGGGUGGGAGAAGGUGGCUUCUCUGUGUCCCUAAUUCUCCUGCAUGUCUUACUCCGUGGGCAUCUCCCCAAAACUGGAGAAGCCAGAGGAGUGUCUCGUUACCGCCUGCAUGAUUUUAUGGACUUCCUGAUCAUCACCAGGCUCAUGGGCACUUAG